AUGGGUGAUGAGGAAUAUGAACGUUUCGAAAUAACCGAUUAUGAUUUGGAAAAUGAAUUCAAUCCAAAUCGUUUUCGUAAAAAGCAGAGCAAGCAACAGGCCAUUUAUGGCAUCUGGGCCGAUGACAGUGACAAAGAUGAUGAUGACGAUGAAGACAACUCCUCGGGUCGCAAUCGUAAAGGACGUCGUCGCAUGGGUUUGGGUGGUGGCUCAUCCGGCGGCCGUUCCAAAGACUAUACAGCCCCAGUAAGUUUUGUUGCCGGUGGCAUACAGCAGGCCGGCAAGAAAAACAAAUCCAAGAAAUCGGCAGAUGAUGAUGAACGCAAUUCGGACGAUGCUGAAAAUCCAAUUACGGAUGAAGAGGAUGAAUUAAAUUCACAUCCGGGUUUUGGUGCUGGUCAGCGGCCAACCUUAAUGGAUGCUGAAUCACCCCAUACAAGUGAAGAUUCGGAAGAAGAAGAACAAGAGCGAAGAAUGCCACCACCAUCAAAAGCGUCCGGCUUCAAGCAGCAGCAAACAGGACAUCUUAAAGUUGGUGCCUGGGAACAACAUACCCGUGGUAUUGGUGCCAAGUUAUUGCUGCAAAUGGGUUACAAACCGGGCAUGGGUUUGGGUAAAGAUCUGCAGGGUAUAUCACAACCGGUGGAGGCUCAUGUACGCAAGGGUAGGGGUGCCAUUGGAGCAUAUGGCCCUGAGACGGCAGCUAGUGUGGGUGGCAAGGGGCAUGUUCCCAAAAUCGAUGAGGAUGUCCGUGAGGCAAAGGAGUUCAAAGAGAAAUUAAAUAAAUGGAAAAAGAGCGGAACUGAGUGCCGUUCGGAUAAAAAUUCAAAACGUUACUAUUACAAAUCGGUGGAAGAAGUUUUGGAGAAGGGCAAGAGCUCGAAUUUUAUUAUUGGCGAUAAAAUAAGCAAAAAGUUGGGUAAUGUCCCUGUCAUCGAUAUGACGGGUCCGGAGAAGCGUGUCCUUAGCGGUUACCAUGCAAUCGGUCAGACAAAAGUUGUGGAUGAAGAUCUCUAUGAUUCUGUGGUGCAGGAAACACAACCGAAAAAAUCCACCGCCACCUUUGCUCUGCCCGAACUAAUGCACAAUCUCUCCCUAAUUGUCAAUAUGUGCGAACAGGAUAUCAUUACCUUGGAUACGGCUCAAAAUAAUGCCAGCGAACGCUGCACAGCGCUGGAGCAGGAAAAGAAACAACUGGAAGAAAUUGUUAGUUUGGAAAGAAAUCACAUAAAUACCCUGGAUCAUGUUCUCUCCAUGGUAGAUGAACUAACUGCCGGCGGUGAAGACUUGCGCCUUUCUCGGGCCGAAGAAAUUUUCUUGGAAUUACAACAAAACUAUGCUGCGGAAUAUAAACAAUUUGGGUUGGAUGAUUUGGCGGCGGGUGUUAUAGCCCCAUUGCUUAAACAGCACUUAGCCGAUUGGAAGCCUUUGGAGUCACCCACCCAAUAUGUGGAUGUUAUUAAAAAAUGGCGUACCAUAUUGGAGGUACACAAUGAGGACACGACAGAGAAACGCUCCAACAUUUUCGAUCCAUACUCCUCCCUCAUAUGGGCUGGGGUAAUACCAAGUUUCCGCUCAUGUGCUGAAUUUUGGGAUCCCAAGCAACAUCAAUCGAUGGCGGCAUUAUUAGAUUGUUGGGCUCCUCUCUUCCCCUCAUGGAUAUUGGAUUCGGUAUUAGAACAAUUGGUACUGCCACGUUUGAGUGCAGGUGUAAAACAAUGGGAUCCACUGACAGAUACCGUACCCAUCCACAUUUGGAUAUUGCCAUGGAAUGCCAUAUUGGGUCACAAAAUGGAAGAGUUCAUCUAUCCAACAAUACGUGAGAAGUUAGGAAAUGCUUUAAGGGCAUGGUUGCCACAAGAUCGUUCGGCUAGGGCGAUGCUGACACCAUGGAAGGGGGCAUUCGAUGAACAUCAAAUGCAGUUGUUCCUGUUGACCCAUAUUAUACCCAAGCUGCAGAUGGUUUUGAAUGAAUUCAUUAUUAAUCCGCUGCAACAGGAUUUGGAACCCUGGAACCAGGUCUAUGAAUGGCAUGAAUUAAUACCUCCCGGUCAAAUGGCCCAGCUGUUGGACAAAUUCUUCUUCCCCAAAUGGAUGCAGGUGUUGGUUAUGUGGCUAAAUCAAUCUCCCGAUUAUGUAGAAAUAUCCCGUUGGUAUAGCGGCUGGAAGAGUAUGUUUUCCGAGGACCUGCUGCGCGAGGCUAGCAUUAAGGAACAUUUACGUCGUGCCCUUGAAAUGAUGCAUCGUGCCACAGAUCAAGUACCCCAUAUACCAGGCCAGGCUACAAACCAACCCAAUAUGGCUACCAAUACACCGCCACCACCACAGCCUCCACCACCUCCCUCGAUCCUCCUGAAUAUGGAUAUGUCGUCGGCAGCGGCCCCUGUACAAUUAGAAUUUAAAGAAUUGGUUUCACGUAAAUGUGCCGAGCGUGGUAUACUCUUUGCCCCGCUACCCGGUCGUCGUGAACUGGGCAAACAAGUUUAUCGUGUUGGUAAACUGUAUUGCUAUAUCGAUCGUAAUGUUUGUAUGAUAACCGAUAGUUCAUUUAAAAAUUGGAUACCCACACCACUGCAGCCAAUGCUCGAACGGGCCGUAACGGGAAUUUUGAAUUAA